AUGCCUGAAAUAAAUUCAUUAAAGGACACAAGCUCCGCAGCAGCUAAGCUAUACAACUGAAAUGUUUUAAUCAGGGCUCUUGAAACUGUUGGAGUUACAAUUGAUUCAGAUAUGAAAGCACUUAUCGUUGCUGGAGAUCGAGCCAUGGUAACUGAAGUGCUAAAGAGCCUGUAUGAGACCGAACAGAGGGUGAUGAGCAAAGACUCGUCACAAAUCAUUGCGAAAAAGAAAAAAUUCAAACCAAAAAUAAGCCCGGACGGAGCUUUAUUGUUGGAUAACGUAGAAGUGGAGUGUCCUUUAGAUGAAGCACAGAGUUCUUUGGAAUUUUUAAUAUUAUCACUUUGUCAGAGUUUCCAACUAACAAUCAAGCAAAGUGCGGGACUAUUGACACAAAAUGGAAAAUUUUUGAACCAAGUGCUAGUAAAAGGACUGAGAGGACAGUUUUAUCCUGUGAUAAGCUGAUAUGAAAAAUUAACUGAAAGCGCUGAUAUUUUAGCAAGGCUUAUUGAAAAAGAAAUAGAAACUGGAGCUUUGACUCUAGUCAUGGACUCUAUUAAGCCAGGCUUGCAAAGCAAAGAUGUGGGAGUUGUGAAGCAGUGCUGCAAGUUUUUGGAGAGAAUAAAAACUUACUUGAGAAAUGAAGAAGACCAAAUAGUGGGCUGGUUUCUUCAAGAUCCUUAUACUCAGAUUUUAAAAGGCCUUGAUUUCUUUAAAGUGGAACUGACGAAUUAUGUGGCUGAUAUUUUUGUGGAGUAUGGAAGAUAUAGACUAAUAGAGUUUUUUGGGGAAAAAUUGCAGCAGUAUUAUGGAGAAAUGGCGAAAUAUUUUAAUAGUUUGCUAGCCUUGCUGCCAUACAUGAUAAGUGAUAUGGAAUUGAUAGCGCAGCUCGAAAUCCAAGGGCUGGUAAAAUAUUGGGUUGAAGUUGGAUUAAGGGAAUCUGAAGCAGACCCUGAUAAGGUUUCUCCUAAAAGACUGAGUGCUUUAGCUUUUAUAUGUGAUAUCUGGUGCAUGUUUCCUGUCUAUAUUGAAAAUAAUGAAGAAACUGCAAAUUCAAUUUUGACAAUACUAAAACGAGCAUGCAGAGAAAAAUCAAGAGGAUUAAAAAUUUUUUGUUUUGGAAGACUUUUUGCUUUGCUUUCUAGUUUUUCUGCUUGUAGAAACUCGUAUGCUCCAAUUAUAUACAAAACCCUUACUUUCUCUAGAAAUAAAAUAGUUAAAUUGAUGGAAGAAGGCUCACUAUGGAGCACUAUAGAACAGGUAGGACCCAUCCCGAUGAAGCUUAAAAUAGUGCCUCUAAUUAUGCCUUCGGGCUUAGGGAUAACUGUUGAAGAGGGAAAUUUGUUUCUCUCCGAAGGUUUUUCCUAUCACUACAAGAUGGGUUAGACAGGUUUGCCUCCCACUUAGUCUUUGCUUAUUAGGACUAAUAGGCGUUUGCAAGUGAUGGCUCUAAUCUAAAGGGGCUAAUCCUUAGUUUAGGUGGUUAGGCACGCUAUUGGUCUAUCCAUUUAUGCCCUUUAAAACUUAGCUUACUUUCUCUCUUGUCGAAAAUUAUUCUUUUGACAGGCUCAGAGAAUUUAUGCUUUCAAAUUUUAUAGUGAUUUUCGAAGAAAUUCAAAGUCUUCCGAUUGGAAUCUUAAUGGAGCCAGUAUCUAAGCAAUUCCAAGUACUUGCAAGGCCAAAAUACAAUACAACUGACUUCGACUACUACAUAGCAUGUGCAAGGCAUCCUAUGCUAACUUUGAAGCAUGCAGUUCUAGCUAUUGAUGUUCUAGGCCGCAUUUAUUUAAAUGAUGUCGCUUUCGCAAAAGCAGCUGAAAUUCCAUUUAUGCUAAUGGCUGGCCGAUUUAUAGACUCCAACCCUAUGCAGGAAUAUCUAACUAAAUUUUUCAAUUUAGGCUUAAAGCUUCUAUACACAAAAAUGAAAGAAAAAACUGAAAGCGGAAGAGAAUCACCUACAAAAGAUGAAAUAGAAGAUGACAGGAGUUUCAGACACAUGAAAAAUUUGAUACUCGGGCUUAUUGAAAAAAUAUUGAGGAUUGGAAACUCAGACAUGAAUUCUCUGGUUAAAGAUAUUUUAGUUUUUGCUAAUGGCGAAGUCAAAAGAGUAACAGGAUUAAAUAUGAGAGGGAUCAUGGGGCUAUUAGAAAUCAUUGGAGAUCCAGCUUAUUUUAUUGAGUCUUAUGAAACUUCUCAAAGGUCAAUUGUACCUGUGUCGGAUUCUGGAAGAAAUUAUCCGAGCUCUUUAAUUUCAAGAUCAGCAGCUGAUACUGUGUCUGAUAUAAAUAAAGGGACAAUGACAACCAUCUCCAAUAUUCCUCGAGGAAGAGUCCUCAGCGACAUUGCAAAACUAAAGCAAAAAAGAGUUGAAAAAGAAGCCAAGGAAAGAGCUCAGUCAGAGCAAAGAAAAAGAGAUGAUGAAAGGAAAAAGAGAGCACUGAGAAAUCAAAUUGAAAAAAGAAGAAUUGCUUUAGGCGUUGAAGGAAAAAAUGAUGACCAGCCAGUAUUCAUUAAAGAACCAAUUAUAUUAGCAAAUGAAAUAUCUAUUAAGCCUGUCAAUGAGGAAACUGAAGAUGAGCAAGAAAUGAUAAAUAUUAUCAUGAAAAAAUACACAAGAGUGUCAAAGCUACUGUAUAACAAAUAUGCUGGGACAGUAAUUAAGCCUGAUGUUUUGGAAAAAGAAACCUUUGACAGUAUAAAUAAAAGAGUUGGCCUAAUGACUGACUUUCUCCCCUUUAAAUUGGAAUAGAAAAUCCUGUUCCAAAUUUUAUGGGUUAAUUUUUGAUUGGAAAAAAUUGUUAAUUUUUAAAAAUUAAAAAAUUAUAAACUGAACCCAAUAUUUUUGAAUUUAGUCUAUUUUACGAAGAAUAAAUUCAAAUUAAUCGAUUAGUGUGAAAAUUGUUUGAAUAAUAUUCUAUUUACAUUUUUUCUAUAAAAUUAGGUCAAAACUAAUUUUAUUGUAAAAAAAAAGUUCCAAUUUAAAGGGGUUAAAGUACCUAAAAAUUGGAAAUAUUCCCUAUAUUUUGUUCGAAUUUAAAGGGGGAAGUGAAGGCCAAGUAACUAAGCUGCUUAGAGAGCAAGGCAUAACAAAUUCAAUGAUUUCUACUGAAGACAUUAAAAGACUCUAUGCCAUGAUAAUUCACGCCAAUGGAACAGUUAUGGAUUUUGACAAUUUUAUGCAAUUUAUGUACCAGCUUUCACUGAUAAUUUAUAGUAAAUUCCCAAAUACUUUAUCUCAAUUUCCUGCUGCUAUCUGCAUGAAUGCGUUAUAUGAGCACAUGAAAAAUUCCUCAGCAGGUGUUGCUGUCCCUAAAUACCUUUAUGAGGAGCCUGAUCCAGGAGCCGGAGACAGAGAAGUAGUUGCAAUGCUAAAUGAUUUACUUUUAAAAGAUCCAAGCACAGAAAUCCCUGAAGGUUACAAAAAAGUCAAGGACAAAGAGCUUAAAAUAUUGUAUGAAGUUCCUUCUGAAUUGGGCCUUCCUGAAAGUCAGAAGAUAUGCGCAGAAAUUGUGGACUCCAUUAUUUUUGAUUAUUUAAAUACACAUUUUCUUCAGCCUGUUAUAAAAAUUGAAACUUAUACAAGAGCACGUGGAGUUUUAACAAAGCCACAAAUUCAGGAAAAAUCGCCAUCAUUAGGAGUUCCAGCCCAUAAGGCAGCUUAUAAAGCUCUCCCAUUGCCUGCAUAUCUAAAGCUGACUCCAGGGAUAAAAAUAACUUUAAACAAGCUAUCUCCAUACUAUUCAAAUGAUUUACUCUUAGAAUGUGCAAGAGUUCUUGAUGAUUUAGUAUAUACUGUCGAUAGCAAUAACCCAAUAUUAAUUAGCAGAAAUCCUAAAGCAGCUGGUUCAGUUCCCAAUAGAAUCACUGAACAGCGAGAGUAUGAAGUUAGCCAAGCUAAAACAGAGCAAGAAAAAGCUGAAGCUAAGAGGAAACAAAGAAAGCAAAUAUUGGAAGAACAACUCAGAAGAGAAAGAAUGGAAAAAGAAAUGAAACAGAAAGAAGAAGAGGAAGCCAAACGAAGAGAAGAAGAACUCACUCGCCAGCGAAAAAAGCGAGAAAAGGAACAAAAAGAAAAGGAAAAAGCUGAAAUUGAUAAAAAAAUCAAAGAAUUCCACUCAAAAAAAGACGAAGAGGAAGCCAAAAAGCGACAAGAAGAAAUCCAAGCUAAAUUAUCUAUUGAGGAAAAAAAGAAAAAAGAAAGGGAAGAGUUCUUAAAAGUGAUCAAUAAAAGGCUCACUGAAGUGUUUGAUAAAAAGAAAGAAGAAAAGAAGAAUUUAGUUGUAAUAGAAGAAAACAAAGUAAAAGAAAACAUUGUGAGAAAAGAGGCGCAAAGAAGGCUCUCAAAAAUAGCACUUGAAGAUGGGAGAGCUAAAAGGGAAGAAGAAAGGAAAAUCAAUGAAAAAAUAUCUCUUGCAAUUGUUGACGAAGAAGUCCAAAACUUAUUCUCAGAGUAUGCAGGAGGGCUAGAAGUACUCUUUAAUUAUUAUUGCAAAGCGGCAAGCUCGGUGGAAACGUUGCCAUUAGCAGGGUUUAAUAAAUUCGUGGGGCAGUUUAAUAUAUGUCCAAUACUUUUGUCGAAUGAUGAAGCUAUUAAAAUAUACAGAUAUUUGACCAAGCAUAAAGAAAGUGUUUUAGAGCUGAAUCUUGAUGAAUUUAAAGAAGCUAUGAUAAGAAUUUCGUUCCAAGCUAAAUCUAUUCUUGAGCAAGAAGUUGAGAAGUCUCUAGAUACAAAUUUUGAAUUAAUGAAAAGUUUCUUCAAUUGGAUUUUAAUACCUAAAGAGACUGCCAAGGCUUUGGAUUUCAUGAAGAAGUUGACAGCCACUCAACAAAUUUUGAAUCCAAGAGACAAAAAGAGGUUAAAAAAUACGCUUCUGAAGAGUGUCAGUGAAGGAAUUUCUGAGCCUCUUAAACAAUUUGAAGAUUAA